UAGGGUUUAGGGUUUAGAGUUUAGGUUUUAGGGUUUAGAGUUGAGAAGUGAGGUUUUGGGGAUAAGAUUUCAAAUUUUGAAAAAUAAAAAAAUUUAAAUUUUUCAAAAGAUAAAAUGCUAUUUUGGUCAUUUUAGUGUUUGAGUGCUAUUUUUGUGAUAUAAACUUAGAAAAGUGCUAUUUUGGAGAUUUGCCCUUAAUUAAUUACACUAUUUAAUUUCAUACUGUUAGUGGAUUUAUCUAUUGUUUUUUUUUUGUGUAAAUGUUAAAUUUUAUACCAAUUUUUGACUUUUCGAGAGAAGUUACAAAGAAAUUAGUAGCAGAAACAUUUAAAAACUAAACAGCAGUGAAAAACUAAAAAUGUAAAACACAACAGAUGAUGAGGAAACCAUAGAAAGAAGCAAAACGAGAUUGCCAUCACCUCGUCCUUUGUCUUGAAAAGCUAUGAACCAAAGAGUCGGAAUCGCAUUGGUGGGCUUCUAAGUCGCCGCGAGCUACAGAGAUGGUCAGUCCUCAAAACCACUCCGCUCCUACAGCUUCAUCGAGAGCACACCUCAACUAUCCUGCAAAAUCAGUGCACACAACAUCGACCCUUUAUGAAGACUCAAACGGAUGCAUUCGGAGAAGACGACCCAUCCCAAUCGAAACUGGAGGCUGAGGAUAAAGGAGCAGCGGAAUGCCUCAGCUGAUCCGAUCUAGCCAAAGCCUGUGCCGCAUGGAUAGCGACUCCGCACAGCCACACGAGAAGACAACUCAUCCAUCGAGACCCUCCACUUGAGAAAGAGUUGCUGCUCCCCAAGACGCCAGUUGAAAAAAAAUGUCGUUCUACGUCAAAAACUCCUGGAAGUUUACACAACACCAGCCGUUGCUUGUUCCUGGAUUUAUCUAUUGUUCAUUAGUCCCUCAUGAUCAGAUCAAGAACUCCUGGAUUUAUCUAUUGUUCAUUAGUCCUUCAUGAUCAGAUCAUAUACUUGUUCCUCACACGACAUUCUCUUAAUUUUUAUUAUGAUCUUAAUCGAACUAGUGCCGUUUAUACAUGUUUUACAUAAGCGACUAUUUUACAAGCUUUAGCAGGUUAAUUUAAUUUAGAUCAAAUGCGUCAAAUGUAUCCAUCCGUGAAAAAGACGUGACAGUCUACCCACAGAAAUAGUUAUAAUUGAUAUGAAUCUAACCAUCUAUUCCUUGAUUUAUUAGAUUUUGUUUUCUUUCGCCAACCACGACCAAGUUCCUGACAAUUUUAGAUUUUCCUUCUCAUCUAAGGUAUUCAAAGAUUAUUCACAAGUUGUCAGAAUAUAAAAUGAACUUAAGCUGAUUAAGUGGUAGUUGUUUCUACACUAAUCUCAGUUAGCUAAACCACAAAAUCAAGAUUAGUAUAUAUUGGGAUAAACCAGUAAUAAAUACAAAUUCCAAACACUAAAAAGUUUGGUGGGAGCAGUUCUUGAAAGGACCUCUAAACCUUGCAACCCAUGUAUCAAUGUAUUAUUGUGCUAGCUGUCUUGUUGGAUUGCCUUAUCUUCCCCUUACUUUGCCACCAAGGUUUAUAAACACGUUAUAUAUAUAUUUGUAGUAUUAUCAAUUUUUGAUUGUUAAUGGCAACGGUUGCUUUGUUACUAAAUACGUCAUUAGGACACUUGGUUAUGUUUAAUAGUAUACUAUACCCUUUUUUUUUGGCAAAACCAGAAAAUUCCAGUUGAAACAAGUGUUAACUAAUCAUGAAUGCAUGCCCUACACCAAUAGUAAAAUACAAUUAGUGGCUCAACGUUUUUUUUUUUUUUGCUAAAACUUAAUGGCUCAACGUUGUCGAAUAAAAGAACCAACGACUUAACUUUCAGAUUUUUUGUUUUGCUUAAUCAAGUGAGAUAUAUAUGCGCCUUGAUGUAUUUUAAUUUUCUUGUAACCGGCUAUAUUUUGUUUAAAACAAUAUAAUUUUGAAAAGAAUUAUGGUUUUCUUUACAAAGAAAUGAUUAAAGUUUGGUGAACAUAUUUCAAUCCUAAGAAAGUUACAAACUGAGAAAGUACUCUUAACUAAAGCGUGCAAUAUUAUCCGUAAUGGAAAUCAUAUUUUUAAAAAACAUCUAUACGUUAACAGAUUCAAUUUAAAAUGUUUUGACAAUGCAUCUUCGAUGUUAUGUUAUAGACCAAAUAUGUAUAUAUAUAUAUAUAUAUAUAUAUUAGUUGAAAAGGUGGGUGUGCAAAAUACAGUUAUUUUAUUUCCACAAAAACAAAAAUAGAAACAAUGAAAAUAUGAUAUAAGAAGAUUAAAAGAGACGUUAUGUCUCACCUAUAUUGCUCCCUCCUCUCUUUUCAAAUUCGAGUGUCUAAAUCCCCAAGCUUUAAAUGGCAAACCCUCCCGCCGCUGCCGUUGCAACCUCUGCAACCGGAGACACUCGGCGUCGCCUCUCAGCUUCCAUUGAAGCAAUAUGCAAGAGAAGGUUCCGGAGAAACAGCAAAAGCGGUGGCAGAUCGGAUAUGGUGAAACCUUUUAAUAUCCUCAAUUUUCCGACACAAGACAAAAACAGUAGUUGUUGUUGCAGCGUGUUUCAGAUCGUGAAGGUUCUCUUGUGUAUCCUUUUAUCGGCUACUCUCUUCACCAUCAUCUAUUCCCCUGAAGCUUAUCAUCAUUCCCUUUCCCACUCUUCUAGAUGGAUAUGGAGAAGACAAGAUCCAAGAUAUGUCUCGGACCUGGAGAUAAGUUGGGACGAUGUGACCAAAACCAUUGAGAGCGUUCAAGAAGGCCGUACGAUUGGUGUCUUAAAUUUCGAUACGAAAGAGAUCCGACGGUGGAGAGAUGUAGCCAAGACUAAAGACAACGAGGAUGAUGAAAACGUUGUUGAAUUAGAUUUAGAGCAUGCAGAUAAGAACGUGACUUGGGACGCACUCUACCCAGAGUGGAUCGAUGAGGAGCAAGAAAAAGAUGUCCCUGUUUGUCCUAACCUCCCAAAGAUCAAAGUGCCUACAAGAAGACUAGAUCUGGUCGUUGUGAAGCUUCCUUGUCGGAAAGAAGGAAACUGGUCAAGAGACGUCGCGAGAUUGCAUCUACAGAUGGCAGCAGCAACGGUGGCAGUUUCGGCGAAAGGGUUCUUCAGAGGUCACGUGAUGUUUGUCUCGAGAUGUUUCCCGAUACCGAAUCUAUUUCGGUGUAAGGAUCUCGUGUCUCGGAGAGGUAAUGUUUGGUUGUAUAAACCUAAUCUUGAUACCUUGCGAGACAAGCUUCAGCUUCCUAUAGGUUCUUGUGAGCUCUCUCUUCCUCUCGGCAUCAAAGAGAGACCAACCUUAGGAAACCCUAAAAGAGAAACUUACGCAACAAUUCUUCAUUCUGCUCACGUUUACGUCUGUGGAGCCAUCGCGGCGGCUCAGAGCAUAAGACAGUCAGGCUCAACGAGAGACCUCGUGAUCCUCGUCGAUGAAAACAUCAGCGGUUAUCACAGGAGUGGACUCGAAGCCGCUGGUUGGCAAAUAAGGACGAUACAGAGGAUUCGAAACCCUAAAGCAGAGAAAGACGCUUACAACGAGUGGAACUACAGCAAGUUCAGACUAUGGCAACUCACUGAUUACAACAAAAUCAUCUUCAUAGAUGCAGAUCUCUUGAUCUUGAGAAACAUCGACUUCUUGUUCUCCAUGCCUGAGAUCUCGGCUACAGGAAACAAUGGCACUCUGUUUAACUCGGGAGUUAUGGUGAUCGAGCCUUGUAACUGCACGUUUCAGCUUUUGAUGGAACAUAUAAACGAGAUUGAGUCGUACAACGGUGGAGAUCAAGGUUACUUGAACGAGGUGUUCACGUGGUGGCAUCGGAUACCGAAACACAUGAAUUUCUUGAAGCAUUUUUGGGUUGGGGAUGAAGAUGACGUGAGGCGCAAGAAAACGGAGUUGUUUGGAGCAGAGCCUCCUAUUCUUUAUGUUCUUCAUUACCUGGGGAUGAAGCCAUGGCUAUGUUACCGUGACUAUGACUGUAACUUCAACUCCGACAUAUUCGUUGAGUUUGCGACAGAUAUUGCUCACCGACGAUGGUGGAUGGUCCACGACGCAAUGCCACAGGAGCUUCACCAAUUUUGUUACUUGCGAUCCAAGCAAAAGGCUCAGCUGGAAUAUGAUCGCCGGCAAGCCGAGGCUGCGAACUAUGCCGACGGCCACUGGAAAAUUAGAGUGAAGGACCCGAGAUUCAAGAUUUGCAUCGAUAAAUUGUGUAAUUGGAAAAGCAUGUUGCGGCAUUGGGGAGAAUCAAACUGGACCGACUACGAGUCUUUUGUACCAACACCACCGGCCAUCACCGCCGUCCGGAAAACCUCGCUUCCCGGCCAUAACUUGUGACGAGAUUAUUAUAAACAUAUAUAUAUAUAUAUUAAUGAAUUUUCAUUAAUAUAUUUUUGCCUGUGAAAUUAGGUAAAUAUCAGAUGUAUAACUAAUUUUUCCUAUAUUUUUUCUUUUAAUUGGAAAAAACUGUUUUUUUGUUUC